UACUACUACUAGUAAAAACAUCACAUAAUACACACCUCCCCCCACUACACCUCUUUCCUCCUCGUUCUCACACACUACACGCACUAAAACCACCCGCCACCUUCCCACUCCAAUUACCCAGACGCGCUUCCGAUCAGUAACACCCACCGGGGAACGGCUUGGGUUCUUACUGUCAGUUAAUUGGACCGAAAACAUUAAGUAAAUUGCAAUUAUAAUAAUUUAACGGUAAUGUCUACGCCUCAAGCUCCGUCAAGAGGGGCUGCUGCCGGGGGCCGCCAGAUUCCGCAGCCGAUCAAGCGACACUUACCUUUCUCAUCUAUGAAGCCGCCUUUCGUUCCUCCCGAGGAUUACCACCGGUUCUCCACCCCAGCUGGCGCCGGCACUGAAACUGUCCGGAUUCAGGACGCCGAAGCUAUCGUUGUCAAAUCUCCUCCAAUAAAACGGAAGUCCAGAACAGAUAAUCAUGAAGUUUCAUCUACAGACUGGGCUGCUAGUCCUGGGAAUACUCGUACAGUCAGCAGCCCAAUUUGCACUCCUGUAUCUGCCAAGGGAGGAAAGGCAUACGGCAGAUCAAAGGUCACAAAAGGGGAUAUGUCUGGACCUUCAACUCCUUUGUCCAAUGCAGGUUCUCCUGCUCCUCUCACUCCAGCAGGCAGCUGCCGCUACGACAGCUCUUUGGGUCUUCUGACAAAAAAAUUCAUCAACUUGAUAAAGCAUGCAGAGGAUGGAAUUCUGGAUCUGAACAAGGCAGCAGAGACGUUGGAGGUGCAAAAAAGACGGAUAUAUGACAUUACAAAUGUUCUUGAAGGAAUUGGUCUAAUUGAAAAGAAAUUGAAAAACAGAAUCCAUUGGAAGGGCCUUGAUGCAUCAAGACCAGAUGAAGUGGAAAACGAUGCUUCUAUCUUACAGGCAGAAGUUGAGAAUCUUUCCAUGGAAGAACGAAGAUUAGAUGAUCGCAUCAGAGAGAUGCGAGAAAGAUUGAGGGAUUUGAGUGAAGAUGAAAUCAAUGAAAAAUGGCUUUUUGUGACCGAAGAGGAUAUCAAGACUUUACCUUGCUUUCAGGUACUUUUUUAUUGUUUGGUUAUGAGGCAAUGCCCCUUCAAUGUGCUGAAUGAAACUCUUAUAGCAAUUAAAGCCCCACACGGUACCACUCUAGAAGUCCCAGAUCCUGAUGAGGCUGUUGAUUAUCCACAAAGGAGAUACAGAAUAAUCCUCAGAAGCACAAUGGGGCCCAUUGAUGUCUACCUUGUCAGCCAAUUCGAGGAAAAAUUUGAGGAUGUAAAUGGUGGUGAACCAUCAAUGAGGUAUGCACUUGCUUCCAGUUCAGGUUCAAAUGACAAUCCAGCAGCAGAGACAGCUGUUUAUGAAAAGACUGGGCUGGUGGUAGGCGAACUGGCAGAGCAGGAUACAAGAAUGGCUGCUGAUCUUGAUGCUUCACAUGACUAUGCUGGAGGAAUGAUGAAAAUUGUUCCCUCAGAGGUUGGUAACGACGCAGAUUACUGGCUUCUAUCAGAUGCAGGUGUUAGCAUCACAGACAUGUGGAAGUCAGAUGCUGGUGUUGAAUGGAAUGGGGUAAAUAUGCUUCACGAUGAAUUUGGAAUGAGUGACAUCAGUGAGAGGCCACAGACACCGCCAUCUGGUGUUGUUGACAUGACAUAUCCCGCGGCAAAUGCAACACCUAGGUGAUGUAAUUGUGCACUGAGUUGGAUUUUGAAACUCAAGUCGACUUCAUCAAGUAGUUGCUUAAAGAGAUGCAGGUGGUUUGCAUGAUGAAUCUCUGCAGCAAGGAACUCACAAGAGGAUAACAAUUUAAAAUAUGAGGUAAAGCUAAUGCAGAACAGUUGAGCCAUCCGCGUAGCCCUCUGGCAUGGAGGCCAAUAGAAGUGUCUGAAGUUCGCUUCAGAAAUCUGGAUGUUCAAAGUGAAAGAGUAUAAGCGAAAGUCAUGUGCAAGACCACACAUUCAAAACUAAGAUUAUUUAUUUUGUUUUACAGAACUUCACCAGAUUCUUUCGUGGAAUUUUGCAGUUGUAAAGGGAACUCCCUGAGAAAGGCAAGAGGAGGAUUGGGAGAAGCAUGAUAGAAGUUCAUUGUCAUUGAUUCUGUCUGUCUCCCUCUGGUAAGAUCUGCAUGUCUGCUUCACCUGACAAAACAUGAAAAAUGCACUUUGCCCUGAAUAUAGAUAGGCCUCGAAGCGUUUCUUUCGUCCUUUUGUGACGAGGAUCACGUUAUGUUCCCGAACUAACUGCUGUCAGAUUUGAUCGCGACUUCUAUAGAUUCCUGCGAUUACAGAA